AUGAGUUUAAUUAUAAACUCAUAUCUUUGCAAAAAUCAACUUAUGAAAUAUUUACUACACAACAGAACUAAUUUAUCAUAUCGGGAAUUCUUAACUGAAUAUCAUGAUCUUAUUUAUAUUGCAUCAUUUCCAUAUAUUUCAUCAUUACCAUUCUCAAACUGGAAAACUUUUGAUGAUUAUUGGGCAGAUAAAUUUUUAGAUGAAGCAAAUGACUUAAUAAAGGAAAAAAAAAUAUUAAAAAAGAGUACAAUUGAUAUAUUGAAAGAAAAGAUAAAUAAAGAACGUUUACAACAAGAAAAAUAUCUUCAAAUAUAUUGGCAAGAAGUAAUCAAAAAUUAUAAAGCUGAAAAUUUAAUACCUGGUGCAACUUAUACAAAAAAAACAAUUAGAAAAACUCUUACUAAAGAUAAUAUUAACCCAGAUUUAAUGUUUUGUUAUGAUAUUUUAUAUGAACUUGAAAAUACAAUUUGGGCUUAUCCAUUUUAUAAAUUUGAUAAAAAAUCUGAUAUUUAUAAUCAAAUAAUUAAUCCAAUGGAUUUAUUUACUAUAAAUUUAAAAUUAGAAAAUAAUCAAUAUUCAAAUCCAUUUGAAUUUAAAUAUGAUAUGAAUUUAAUAUUUAAUAAUUGUAGAAUAAUUAAUGAUGUUGAAAGUGAAAUGCAUAAUAUAGGUAUUAAUUUAAAGUAUAAUUUUGAUGAAUGUUGGAAUUUUUAUUUUUAUCAAAAAGAUGGUGGUAGUAAUAUUUUAGAACAAGAACUUUUUUCUUUUGAUUUAGAAGAUGAUGAAUUAGAAGAUAUUGAACCAGUAAAUAAUUUAAAUCAACAAUUAAUUCAACAACUUUUAUCAGGAAAUAUUAGACUAGAAGAUAUUCAACAACUUUUAUCAAGAAAUUUUAGACUAGAAGAUAUUCAACAACUUUUAUCAAGAAAUAUUAGAUUAGAAGAUAUUGAAUCAGAAGAUAUUGAAUCAGAAAUUAUUGAAUUAGGAGAUAUUGAAGAAGAUAUUGAACCAGAUAUUGAACCAGAAGAUUUUUUAUAUCAAAAUGAACAAGAAAUUGAUAUUGAACCAGAUAUUGAACCAGAAGAUUUUUUAUAUCAAAAUGAACAAGAAAUACCAAAAGAAGUUGAACAAGAAGAAUGUGAAGAUUUAUAUCAACAAUUUUUUUCAGAAGAUAUUGAAUUAGAAAAUAUUGAACCAGAUAUUGAACUUUUUCCAGAAGAUAUUGAAUCAGAAGAUAUUGAACCAAAUAUUAAACCAGAAGAUUUUUUAUAUCAACAAUUUUUUCAAAUUGAAUCAGAAGAUAUUGAAUUAGAAAAUAAACAAAAAGAACAAGAAAUACCAGAAGAAGUUGAACAAGAAUGUGAUGAAAAUUUUCAAAUUAAGCAACAAAUUGAAGAAUAUGAUAAAAUUCAAAUUGAACAAGAAUAUCAAAAUCAAAUUAAUCAUCAAGAAAUUAUUUCUCAAAUUAACGAAAAGAUUUUUCAAAUUGAAUAA